AUGUAUAAUAUCAUUAGGCGUGAUUUAGCAAACUCAAACACGCCAGUUGAUAUGUCAGCAACGUGGUUGGUCCCACAAUUUGUGUUACUAGGUUUAACCGAAGUGUUUAAUGGAAUUGGACAAUUGGAGUUUUAUUAUUCUGAGCUCCCAAAUAGUAUGGCAAGUCUAGUGAUGGUUAUGUUUACGGUGAGCAUGGCGGUUGCUUCGCUUGUUGCUAGCCUUUUAACUAAUAGCGUAGACUCGGUUACUGGCCAAGGAGGUGACGAUGUGCUGACGGUGGUGGUGUGGGGCGUUACCGUCGGAUGUACUAACGAUGAUGUUACCGUGCUGAUGUUUCUUAACAAAGCGUGUGUUGUUAGAGAUGUGGACAUUGGUUCUUCGGGCUCGAACCCAUGUGGUAUCACCACAGUCGAAAAUGUGGAAUCCCUCAAAUCCCUAAUUCGGAUAAUACCUAUUUGGUCAUCGGGCAUUCUACUAUUUGUAAACGUGUUGCAAAAGUUCCCAACACUUGAAGCCGAAAAAAUGAACCGAAAGAUCACUUCAAGGUUCGAGAUCCCGGCAGCAUCUUUCAGCUUGUUCAUGCUUUUGACAAUCACAAUAUCGAUCCCGUUUUAUGACCAUGUUAUGGUCCCGUUUCUAGCAAAAUUUACACACGAACCACGUGGGCUCAACCUGAAAACCCGAAUGGGAGUUGGGAUAAUAUUGUCAAUCAUAACCAUGGUAGUAUCCGCAAUCGUGGAAACCAUAAGGCGUGAUUUAGCAAACUCAAGCACGACGGUUGUCAUGUCAGAAAUGUGGUUGGUCCCACAGUUUGUAUUACUAGGUUUAACCGAAGCGUUUAAUGCAAUUGGAUAA